CUACAGAAAGAACCAGCCUUGUAGAUCUUUGUCUCUUAAAGAAAUAUCAUUAAUAAUUAGUAUAUACCCUGAACAAAAAUGAGGUCCAGAACUUUUCUUGUCUUAGGUUCUCUUUUAGCUGCUCUUCUCGUCAUAUCUACAGCGUUCGAGAUUUACGAUGAUGGAAAAAAAGGUAAGAGUGAAGCAAAAGAAACGAUACCAGGUGACGCCAACACGCUAGACUCCAAUCUCCCUGGAGGAGGAAAAGGUGGUAGCCAAGGAGGUGGAAAAGGUGGCGGUGGAGGAGGACAUGGUGGUAGUCAAGGAGGAGGGAAAGGCGGUGGUGGAGGAGGACAUGGUGGUAGCCAAGGCGGAGGUGGUUCGGGUGGCGGUGGACAAGGUGGUGGCAAAGGCGGGGGUGGUUCGGGUGGCGGUGGACAAGGUGGUAGCCAAGGAGGAGGAGGACAUGGUGGUAGCCAGGGUGGAGGAAAAGGUGGUGGUGGGGGUGGUUCCGGUGGCGGUGGACAUGGUGGUAGCCAGGGUGGAGGAAAAGGUGGCGGUGGAGGUGGUUCCGGUGGCGGUGGACAUGGUGGUAGCCAGGGUGGAGGAAAAGGAGGCGGUGGGGGUGGUUCGGGUGGCGGUGGACAUGGUGGAAGCCAAGGAGGGGGGAAAGGCGGCGGUGGAGGGGGACAUGGUGGUGGCGGCCAAGGUGGCGGUGGAGGAAAAGGUGGUGGGGGUGGAUCUGGAGGGGGUAAAGGUGGCGGCGGUCAAGGAGGAGGAAGAGGUGGAGGAGGUGGUGGCAAUUACCACCGAACCAGUUUGCUAAGAGAUGUUUAGUGAGCAUUCCAUUGCAGCCAAGAUUUCAGCUGCUACACGCAUGCUGGUGGUGUAGUGCAGCCAACAAAUAGGUGCUCCAAGUCUUCUUUUUCAUUCCUGCAAAAUAAACAAGAAUGUUCUGCAAUAAUGUUAAAUUUACAAAGUUUUUCUCUUGUCUUUAACCGGUCUUAAACAGCCAACACUACAAGAAAAUAGGUCCUUUACCUACAAAUUAUUAGUGUAGGUAAAAUUUAAGGAAAUGUAGAUAAUGAGAUUGACCUACAAAUAAACAAAUAUUUUGUAUUUGUAGAUAAAAGAUUGUGAAGAAAGGUCUUCUCCUACACUUAUCUAUAUUUGUAGGUAGAAAAUAUGGUGGACCCCACUACUUGAUUAGAUGAUGAUGAUUAAACAAGUGAUGUGGAUUAUGACAUGUCAUCCUAUGUGGUAUCCAUGUAGGAAAGUAUGUGGCAUAUUUUUACUUGUCCGCGUUGUCAUCCAUUAGUUGGUACAUGUGUCACACUUUGAUUUGUCAACAUGUAACACAUUAAUUAAUCCACAUGUCACCCAUUGAUUAGUCCACAA